AUGCCGAAUUCCACGGGUUCCACGACUGGUAACCCGUUUGAAGAACCCCAACGUCGAAUGAGCGAAUACACGGCGCAGGAAAUCGCUACACUUCAAGCACGUCUCGAUAAGAAAUUAGGCCCCGAAUACAUCUCCUCUAGACCUGGUGCUGCUGGACAGAGAGUGCAUUAUCUGUCCGCGGACAAAUGCAUUAAUCUUGCCAAUGAGGUUUUUGGAUUUAAUGGCUGGUCGAGCUCGAUUCAAAAUAUCCAGAUUGAUUUUGUCGAAGAGAGCCAGAAUACCGGCAAGAUAAGCUUGGGACUAUCUGUGAUAGUGAGAGUUGCAUUAAAGGAUGGGACUUUUCACGAGGACAUCGGAUACGGCCAUAUCGAAAACUGCAAGGGAAAAGCUGCUGCUUUUGAGAAAGCUAAGAAAGAAGGAACCACCGAUGCCCUCAAACGUGCCUUAAGGAACUUCGGUAACGUGUUGGGUAACUGUAUCUACGACAAAGAUUAUGUUUCUAAGGUGACCAAAGUGAAAGCUACCCCGGCCAGAUGGGACGUCGACGAUCUUCAUCGCCAUCCCGACUUUGCUCCAGUUAAGAAAGAAGCGAUCCCACCAAAACCAAAACCAAUUCCCGAGGAUGAUGAUCUUCCUCCUCGCCCAACGGAUACCAGGAAGACUAGUAAUAUCGAAGAUACUGCUACAUUUGAUGGUGAUGGCGAGUUUGGUAGUGACCUAUUUGACGAAGCCGAUUUUGUUGAUACCACAGGUGGAAAUCCAGAUGAAAUCACACUAGAGCCCGAAACCCAGAGAAGACAACUACCGCCGACACCAAUGAAUGGCCCUAAUAACGCCCAGCGAAUGCCAUUGAAUAAUAUGCCCCGCCCUCCUGGAAGGCCUGACGCAGCAGUUGUAACGCCAUCCAAGCCUGAACGAGCUUGGACUCCGGCGCCUAUCAACAGACAACCAGCUGCUCCUGCCAUGAACGGACGGCCAAACCCGCCUACGGCCAACAACCAGUAUAUGGCACAACGACAGUCUGCUCCAGUCCCAACACCGCAGCAAAAUUUCCAAAAUCCGAGAGUCGCGCCACCAGCUCAAUCGCGAUCUAGUCAGGAAGUUGCUCCGCCGGGCGGGGGUGGCCAAGUCCCUAUCAAACGGGAACUCGGUCCCAAUGUCAAUGACGGAAAUGCCCAAAACAACCUUGCUCCGGGCACGCCAUCGUUUGACCCCCAACGCCCGCCUUCUGCCUCAUUCUUUUCGGCUCGAGCAGUUGAUAUGCUACGAGACAACCCUAAUUCAGCCCCACAGUUUGACCCUCAUGCUGAAAGUCCAUCUAUUCGCAAAACAGCUGGAGUUGACCACACUAAAAGUGUUCCCAUAUCUAAACCAAUGUUGAAUGGCCCCUCUCCGGCUACAAACAAUGCACGAGAUUUCGUCAACCCUUCCGCAGAUACCCAUAGAAAGAUUGGUGCCCCUGGUGGGGGUGGAAUCGGUAGCCCGAUGGCUAGAGGACCAACAACUUCGUCUUAUCGUCCAUUGACUCGACCGAAUAUACCGAAUGGUGCGGCCCCGAACAGGGCAUCAGUUGGCCCUCCAAAUAUCAAUGGAAAACGACCACCAUUGAAUGACGUGACAAAUGCAACUGCUGCUUCGGGUGGCAGCGGGACUGCCCCCAAUUUUGGUGUUAACGACCCGAAAAGGCCGAGAUUCAAUGAGGGAGGUCUAAACCCUGCUAUACAGCAGCAGCAGCCCCAACAGCAACAGAAAUAA